GGCCCCCGCGGGCCCGCGCUCCCCUCCUCCCCCGCGGCCGCACUCACCCGCUCCGGAAUCGGCCCUGUCGCCCCCGCCCGCGCUCCAGAGCCGGCUGAGGAAAGCGGCGGCGCGGGCUCCACGUGCAGUGUCUCUUCCGUACCAGAAUCACCAUGAUUCUUCGGAGGCUUUUCAGGUUGUCCUCUGUCGUUCAGUCUGCAAUCUCAGUCCAUUUGAGGAGGAACAUUGGUGUUACAGCAGUGGCGUUUAAGGAACUCGAUCCUAUACAGAAACUCUUCGUGGACAAGAUUAGAGAAUACAGAACUAAGAGACAGACAUCAGGAGGACCUGUUGAUAUUGGUCCAGAGUAUCAGCAAGAUCUGGAGAGGGAGCUUUUUAAGCUUAAGCAAAUGUAUGGUAAAGCAGACAUGAACACGUUCCCUAACUUCAAAUUUGAAGAUCCCAAAUUUGAAGUCUUCGACAAACCCCAGUCCUGAAGAAAUAAUGUAAAAUUUCUCUGGUAAUUUGUCCUAGAGUAGUUGUACUGCUGACUGGAAGUAUCAGAAUAAACAUAAAUUUCACAACUGUCAAA